AUGCGACGUUUUAUCAAACUUGUGCUGUUCUUGCUGCCGUGCAGCUCGCUGUCUCCUGAGUCGAUUGCCAGCACAUUGCAGCAGCUCCAGGAAACUCGACAACUAGACGCCGCGACGCUGGGUUUCCCUUCGUGUGUUCUGGACGUCUUGUCCACGGUUUUGCCCGAGUGUGGAGACGGCCAGACCUCGUUGACGGAACAGGCAAAGUCAGAGACAGCUAUUCAGCUGACCAUGUGCAUAUUCAACAACAACACGGCUUCUCAGGGAGGUCUGACACUGCCGGGAUCAUGCUGGAGCCACGAUACUGCCAAGUGUGUUGGGGAGCUGGCGUCGAACUCUGUGUGGUGGACCACUUAUUUCGGAUACCUGAACCUGAUAGAGCAGCUAUGUCACUAUUACAGCUCUCCAUACGAAACACAGAAACUUCUGGACACGUACCGGGAAGUGUGGGGCAAGUUUGACGAGCUUCUCAGUGCGAUCGAUCGCGUGGACAGGUUCACGAACGGCGAGUUUCUCGAUAAUCUCCGCGACCGGCUGGUUGCCACGUUCGAAGAGAUGGAGCAAGACUUGCUUGUAAAAUUCGAACAACUAGAUCUAUUGUUGAACAGAUCUCUAACGAGCUUAGAUCUCAGGCUUCAAGAGCUUGUCAUUGACGUACAAAAUGCUAACCAAGAAUUGGAAGCGGCUCAUAUGAAAGCUUUAGAAUCAGCAGACCAAAUUCUGCAACAGCUGGAGAAGUGGCACGGGGAAUCUCUGGCCAAGCUGCAGCACCAGUUUGCGGACUACAACAGACAGUUCCGACGAGCUACAGAGCAAGAAAACGAGCGAUGGAUGUCCAAUCUGAGCAGCAGACAUGAAAUUAUGGCGGUGCGGCACGAAGAAAUGAAUAGUGAAAUAAGCUUACGGCUUCAUGAAUGGGAGAAUAGGCUGGAGAGCAUGAAUUCGCAUUUGAUGGAGUCGGUGGAGAAGUUUGACCGGCUGCGAGCGAUGCUGAGCGGGUUGGAUGUUUUAGGACUGGCGAGCAAAGCCGUGUACGGAGGAGUAAUCGUUGGAGUUCUGAGUCUUGGGUACUUCGUCCCGUUUGGGAAUGUUUUUUUAAUUUUGGCAUUUCUUAGCGGCAUGUAUCUAGGCUUCUGCACACUGAAAUGGCUGUGA